AUGCCGUGUGGCCUCGACGGGGCACCUUUCGUCUACUGUUUGUUGAAGAAAGCUUGUCGUCUCUUGCUGCCGCUGUACUUUGACCAGGUUCACGCGGUCGGCGCAGAGAAUUUGCCAGAGCCCGGCGUGCCGACUACCAUCGCGUUCGGCCACAGCAACGACCUCGCUGAUAUGUUGCUGCUCCUUUCGGCAACAGAGAAGCGAUACAUCAGAUUUGGAGCCGCCGCGUUCCUCUUCAAGAUGAAAGGGGCGAUGUCCAUCCUGAGCUUCAUCGCGAACCACAUUGGUGCUGUCCCUGUGGUUCGCGCGCAGGAGACCGAGGGCGACGACAACGCCAAGGCUGCGGCUAACAAGUCUCUCGCAGACAGGAUGAUGGACGCUUUGAGCCGUGGCCAGUGUGUCGCAUUGUCGCCCGAAGGCGGCAGCAGAUUCCGAGUUAAGCUGAACCCAUUCAAGCCUGGAGUCGGUGUCUUCGCCGAGCGUGCGGUGAUCCAGGAGCUCGAGAAGGGCCGCUCCGAUUUCUCUGUGCGGAUCGUGCCUGCUGGCGUGGUGUAUACGCACUGGACGCUCUGGCGCUCCGCUGCCAUGGUGCGUUACGGCGAGCCUGUCAUCGUUGACGCAGCUCGUCUCGACAGAUUCGAAAUCACUCCGGCCAUCCGAAAGGACACGUAA